AUGACAACUGCGCAAGAUGAAUGCGGCAAGACUUUGAGAGCCCAUAUCAAGUAUUCUCUUCUAGGUACCAAGAGUGUGCUUCACGGUAACGUCAAAGAGAACUCAAUCUUGGACCUCUCAGCAGUGAGUUUCGAUGCCGAUUCUGGCGCUCAAUGGUAUUCGUUGAUUGUCUGGCGAUGA